UCUCGCCAAGAUGGCUGACGUGUCUGCGUUAGUGCGCGUGAAAAAAACACCAAAUAGUUUGUAUGAUUUGUGUUUAACCAGUUUAGUGAACUACUUGCAGAAAUCAAAGUGCGAGAAAAAUGAUUUGCGAUCAUUACCGGACAGCAUCCUCAUGGACGUUUAUUUCAAGAUGCUCCAAGAGAAGCGGCUAUGCAUCCUGGGCGUGGAACUCUCCGAGCUGGAGAUAUUCGAGCGGCUGCUGCGCUUCUCGGGAGCCCAAUUGAGGCUAUUGCAAUGCUUUCAGGCGGUGAUUGAGCACGGCUCGAAGCUGUCCACAGAACUGGCCACCAGCUAUUUAGCAAGAUGCGAUCAGAGCAGUCGCCCAAGGAACUCUCUCAUACAUUUAGGUUUAAGGCUAGGUGGUUUUCUGAACGAGGCCGGUUGGUACGCAGACGCGCAGCGCGUACUAUUGCGGUGUCGGGAUCUGUGCCAGUCACAACCACAGUCCACUCACUAUAAACGUUUGACACUUGAAUGUUGCCAUAGGUUAUUAAAUACACAAUCGGUAUACUGCUGCUUUCCCGCGGCGGCCGAAACAUACAAAUUGGCACUCAAACUGCUCGGUCUGCCUGAAGACACGACGGCUCAGCUCCCAGAGGGUCCCAUAGCAAUUGCAGAAACGUGCUCGAAGGCACUACAGACGGAUGAUGAGGAGAUUCAGAGGCUAGAAUCGUACGCGGAGGAGUCGUGCUCGGGCGGCGAGCGCGUGUGGGGCAUGUCGGCGCUGCUGGCGCGGCUGUGCAAGGAGAUCAGCGCGCUGUUCUUCGUGCGCUGCGACUACAGCGCGGCGCACGCGUGGGGCAUGCGCGCGCUCGCCUUGCUCACGCCGCACACGCCCGCCAAGAUAACGAUCGAGGUGGUCCGCGCGUGCGGCACCGCGUGCGUAGUGAAGCGGCGCUUCAGCGAGGCGGGGCUGCUCGUGCGGCAGGCCGUAGCCCUGGCGCGCCGGGCCUUCGGGCCGCAGCACCCGCGCUACGCAGCCGCGCUGCUCGACUACGGGUUCUACCUGCUCAAUAUAGACUCGAUACCGCACAGCGUGGCUGUGUACGAGGAGGCGCUGUCGACGCUGCGGCGCGUGUUCGGGCGCAGCAGCCUGCACGUGGCCCGGGCGCAGGAGGACCUCGCGUACGCGCUCUACGUGCUCGAGUACUCGUCGGGACGCUUCUACAAGGCGCGCGACCACGCCGAGCGGGCCAUACGGAUCAUAGAGAAUCUAGUACCACCUGACCAUCUACUGCUCGCUUCAGCGAAACGUGUCAAAGCGCUCAUUCUAGAAGAGAUUGCAUUGGACACACCCGCCGGACAAGAUAUGAGAGAGCCAAGUCUUCUAGAAGAAUCGGAAGCGCUUCACAAAGCCGCGCUGGAGCUGUCGAUGAUGGCGUUCGGAGAGAAGAACGUGCAAACGGCCAAACAUUAUGGCAAUUUGGGAAGGUUGUACCAGUCUAUGCAGAAGUUCCAGGACGCGGAAACAAUGCACCUCAAAGCGAUAGCCAUAAAAGAAGAACUGCUCGGCGCUGAAGACUACGAGGUCGGUCUGAGUGUCGGCCAUCUUGCGUCGCUCUACAACUAUCACAUGAACCAGCACACCGCCGCAGAGAAGCUCUACCUGCGCUCUAUUAACAUCAGCCUAAAACUGUUCGGGGAGCGUUACUCGGGCCUCGAGUACGACUACCGCGGACUUGUGCACGUGUUCACUCAGCUCAAGCGGCACGACCGCGCCCACCACUACAAUGCGCUGUUACAGCACUGGCAUGAUCUCCGUGAACAAUCAAAGACGGAACAACAGCCAGCCAUAGGGGACGAGCAAGUGAUUCCCCUGGAAGAGCUGCAAAGCAAGUUAUUCGCGCGCUGAGACAAGCGGCCGCGCUGGCGCCGCGUCGUGCGCCGAGCGCUCCGCCCGCUGGGGCGUGCUGUGCGAGCGAUCGGGGCUUGCUGGAGGAAAUAGUGGGGGUUAGAAGUGGGGGGGAGUGUUGAAAGUGUUUCUGGGAGUGCAUGGGGGGAAGUGAAACAAUAAAAAACAGAACAAUAACCAGCCAUAAGCGAAGUGCAAGUGAUCCCACUAGAAGGGUUACAAAGCAAGUUAUUCGCGCGCUGAGACAAUCGGCCGCGCUGGCACUGGCUCCGCCCGCUGGGGCAUGCUGUGCGAGUGAUUGGGGCUUGUUGGAGGAAGUAGUGGGGGUUCGAAGUGUGGGGGAGUGUUGAAGUGUUUCUGGGAGUGCAUGGGGGGAAGUGAAACCGUAUAAAAACUGAAUAACAACCAGCCAUUGGCGAUGUGAUAGUGAUACUACUACAAGCGCUACAAAGCAAGCUGUUCGCGCACUGAGACGCGAGUGCGCGAGGGUUUGGGGCUUGCUGGCGGAAAUAGUGGGGGGGAGAGUUCGAAGUGUUUUUGGAAAAGUUGGAAGUGAUUUUGGAAGCUUAAAAUUACUUC